GGAGUAUCCACUAGGAGGCUUGACUAACAAGGUAUUUGUCUGGAUGCAAACAUUUAUGGCGUAAACGGUAAAAUAUAGAUUAAACGAUGGUUUAAAGGACAAGAAUUGUUGCUGUGGAGGAUUCGACGUUUGAUGGUGAAUUAUCAAUGAUCAACAGUCUCCUCUCUAUUGGCCAGUCCAGUGCGUAUCUAUGAACUCCAUAACGCCCUCCACUUCUGCCGUCAGUAGCCCUGUCAGCUCCGUAGAUUCGCCACUGUCAGCCGUCAGCUCGUCCAUCGGCUCUCCUGGCAUUCCCGGCACACCAUCUGUUGGCUAUGGACCCAUCAGCAUCUCUCAAAUGAACUCCUCCAUGUCUGUGUCUGGGUUACAUGCUGUCAGCAGCUCUGAUGAUGUGAAACCCCCAUUUGGCUUGAAGACUGUCAGUGGCUCAGGGCCAAUGCUGUCCCAGAAACGCAUGUGUGCCAUUUGUGGAGACCGUUCAUCGGGGAAGCAUUAUGGCGUGCACAGCUGUGAAGGCUGUAAGGGUUUCUUCAAGCGCACAGUCAGGAAGGACCUGAGCUAUACCUGCAGGGACAACAAGGAGUGUCUGGUGGAUAAACGUCAGCGCAAUCGCUGCCAGUACUGCCGCUAUCAGAAGUGCCUGGCCACGGGAAUGAAAAGAGAGGCUGUUCAGGAUGAGCGUCAGAAGAAUAAGGAACGGGAUGGAGACUAUGAAUGCAGCAGUUCAGCCAAUGAGGAGAUGCCUGUGGAAAAGAUCCUGGAGGCCGAGACAGCUGUAGAGCACAGAUCAGACUUGCACUCUGAUGCCACUGGUUCACCCAAUGAUCCAGUCACUAACAUCUGUCAGGCUGCAGACAAACAGCUCUUCACUCUGGUGGAGUGGGCCAAGAGAAUCCCUCACUUCUCUGAGCUGCCCCUGGAUGACCAAGUCAUUCUGCUCAGGGCUGGAUGGAAUGAGCUCUUGAUCGCUGCCUUCUCUCAUCGCUCCAUCAGCGUGAAGGAUGAGAUUCUGUUGGCCACAGGUUUACAUGUGCCCAGAGAGAGCACUCACAACUUGGGCGUGGAGGCCUUUUUUGACAGGGAAAGUGCACAGAGUGCAGAGGUGGGAGCCUUAUUUGACAGGGUGCUGACUGAGCUGGUCUGUAAGAUGCGUGAUAUGCAAAUGGACAAAACUGAACUUGGCUGUCUGCGUGCCAUAGUUCUGUUUAACCCAGAUGCCAAAGGUCUGACUAGCAGCAGUGAGGUGGAGCUUCUCCGAGAGAAAGUGUACGCGUCCCUGGAAGCCUAUUGCAAACAGAAAUACCCAGAUCAGCAGGGGAGGUUUGCCAAGCUUCUCCUCCGACUUCCUGCAUUGCGUUCCAUUGGCCUUAAGUGUCUGGAGCACCUUUUCUUCUUUAAACUGAUUGGAGACACCCCCAUUGACACUUUCCUAAUGGAGAUGCUGGAGUCGCCCCACUAGCCGCGUCAGAGGAAGAUUGUGAAACAGGGUUUUCUACCCUAGGUCCUGGAGAUAACUGUGACUGCACUUUUUCUUCCCAGGGGAAUUACAGCGAUUGGUCAGCCUCUGGUCUGGGGGUAUUUUUUUUAGUUCCGAUAUUUCUUGUCUUUUUCUCUUGAUUAUCUCUUAAGUGCACCAUAGAGUCUAGAGACCCAAAACUUGCCAUGAAAAAUUGUUGGUGCUACAUUUGAACAGUAAGCUAUAUGUGUACAGUACUGUGCAAAAGUCUUAGGCCACUAGUGUUUUCACCAACAAAAAAUGGUUUAAAGUGAAUUAUUUUUUAUGUUUUGCUGUAGU